GCCACGGUCACACCUUUUAUAUGCUGACGUGCCGCAAGCGAAUUGUUUACGUGAAAACUAGAAAAUUUAAAAGAUAAUCUCACACAAAAUGCUGGACAUACAGACCCACAUGGACUUUGCCGGCCAGGGAAAGGCGGAGCGUUGGUCACGCUUCAUAAUAACAUUCUUUGGAAUUGUCGGCUUGAUUUACGGAGCAAUCGUUCAGCAGUUUUCACAGACUGUCUACAUCCUGGGAGCAGGAUUCGUUAUCUCCUCUUUGUUCACCAUUCCACCAUGGCCCUUGUAUCGUCGCAACGCUUUGAAAUGGCAAAAACCCAUCGAAACCGAUGCCAAGUCCUCCAGUUCCGAGUCCGGCGAUGAGGGCAAAAAGAAGAAAAAAUAGUUUUAGCCAACAAUAGCGUGUAUUUCUCACUAUCCAAAAUAAUAUACUUAUAAAACUAAA